AUGAGAGCUGUUGCCAAGGGCAAAAAGCAGUAUGAGGAGCUGGUGCGAGUGAAGCAGCACCAGGAGGUGCUGGAAUCCAAGGUGUCGGAGCUCACCGAGCAGCUGGCGGCAGCGCAGGCACGGGACGCGGCGGCCGCCACCGGCGCCGCCGCCGCCGCCGCUGAUGUGGAGGACCUGCGAGCCCAGCUGGCCAAGGCGGUUGCCAAGGGCAAGGCUCAGUACAAGGAGCUGAAGGCUGUCAAGGAGCAGCACGCUGAGCUGGAGGCCCAGGUGGCGGCGCUGAGCGACCAGCUGGCGGCGGCGCAGGCGGGCGGCGGCGCGGCGGAUGAGGUGCAGGAGCUGCGGGCGGCGGCAGACACCGCGGCAGCGGCUUCCCAGGCCCUGGAGGCGGCUGCCGCCUACAAGGACGAGCAGCUGGAGGAGGCGGCGGGGCAGCUGGAGCAGCUGCAGGCGGAGCUGCACCAGCGGGAUGAUCAGCUGGCGGCGCAGCAGGGCCAGGCGGCAGAGGUGGUGCAGCUUCGGCAGCAGCUGCACGCGCUGCGGGAGCAGCAGGAGGCCUCGCAAGUGGAGCGGCAGCAGCAGCAGGAGGAGGUGCGGCAGGCGGCGGAGGCGGCGGGGCAGCAGGCGCAAGAGGAGCUGCAUGCCUCGCGGCAGCAGGCCGCCGAACUGAGUGCGCAGGUGGGGCAGCUGCAGGCGCAGCUGGCGGCGCUGCAAGAGCAGGAGGCGGCGGAGGCUCAGCAGCACCGGCAGCAGCUGCAGGAGCGGGCCGACGCGGAGCAGGCGCAGGGGCAGCUGGCGGCGCGGGAGCUGGAGGCGGCGCGGGAGGAGGCUGCUGAGCUGGCGCAGCAGGUGCAGCGCCUCACCGCGCAGCUGGCGGCCAGGGCGGAGCAGGAGCGGGAGGCUGGCGAGGCGCAGGCACCCGCCGCCCAGCAGCCAGAGGGCGGCGAGGAGGCGCCGGCGCGGCCGGAGGCGGCCGCCGAGGAUGCCGACGGCCUGGCGCGGCAGGUGGAGCAGCUGGCGGCGCAGCUGGCCAGCGCGCGGCAGCAGCACGAGGCGGAGGCGCAGGCGGCGCAGGCGCUGCGGCGGCAGCUGCAGGAGGCGCAGGCGCAGGCUGGCGCUGCCGCCGCGCUGCCGCUGCGCCAGCAGCUGGAGUCUGCCAAUGCCGACAUCAGGGCGCAGCUGGAUGCGGCGCAGCGGCGCAUCGCAGAGGCGGAGAAGCAGCUGGCGGCGGCGGCGGCCGCGGAGCCGGCCGGCAACGGCGUGGCGCCUGGGGCGGAGGACGGCGAGGCGGCGGCCCAGGCUGCCCAGGAUGCGGCACACGAGCAGCGGCGGCAGGUGGAGGAGCUGCAGGAUCAGGUGGCGGUGAUGGAGGAAGGCAUGGCCACGGCGGCGCUGCGGAUCCAGCUGGCCGAGGAGGCGGCGGCGGCGGCGCAGGCCCGCCUGGAGGCCGCCGACGCCGAGUGCGGCAGCCUGCGGCGCAAGCUGGCGGCCGCGGAGGGGCGGCUGUCGCUGGUGGAUGGGCUGGAGGAGGAGGUGGCUGAGGCCAAGGCGCGGGCGGGGCGGUGGGAGCAGCAGGUGGAGGAGCUGCGGGAGCGGGUGCGCGGGGCGGAGGCAGAGGCGGAGGCGGCGCGGCGGGCAGCCGCCGCGGCGCAGGGCCGGCUGGAGGAGGCGAGUGCUGCUGCGGCGGCGGCGAGGGCGGAGGCGGAGGAGGCCGUGGCGCAGAGCAAGCUGCAGCAGGAUGGCGACACCGCGCUGCGCGAGGCUCGGCAGCUGGCCCAGCAUGCCGAGGAGCAGCUGGCGGCGGCCGCCUCCCAGCAGGCGCAGGCGGCAGAGGCCCUGGCGGCGGCCCAGCAGCGCGAGGCGGCAGCCGGCGAGCGCAUCGCUGAGGCGGAGGGCCAGGCGGCGGCGGCCCAGGAGGAGGCAGCCAGGGCUCGUGCCGAGGAUGAGCAGCGGCGCCAGAAGUUUGCCCUCGUCAGCCAGGCCUUUGCCAGGAAGGAGGAAGGGCUGCUGGCGCAGGUGGAGGCUGCCGAGGCGGAGGCGGCCGCAGCGGUGCAGGAGGCGCUGCGCCUGAACCAGGACCGGCAGCAGCUGGCGGCAGCGGCGGCAGGCGCGCAGCAGCGCGCGGCAGAGGCGGCGGCGGCUGCCGAGGCGCAGCUGGUCGCGGCGGUGGCGCCGCUGCAGCAGCAGCUGGCGGAGGCGCAGCAGGCCGCCGCUGCGGGGCAGGCUGCGGCGCGGGAGCGGGAGGCAGAGGCGCAGCGGGCCGCUGACGAGGCGCAGAAGCUGUCUGCCAGCCUGGAGGCAGCGCGGCAGGAGGCGACAGCGCUGCGGCGUGAGCUGGAGGCGGCCGGUGGCAGCAAGGAGGCUGCUGAGGAGCAGGAGGCAGCAGCAGGCGGGGCGGAGGCGGCGUCGGGGAGCGCUGCCGCCCUGGAGCGGCAGGCGCUGGAGCAGCAGGUGGCGGAUGCUGAGAAGAAGCUGGCGGCGGGGCUGGCGGUACAGCAGGCCAGGCUGGCGGCCCUAGAGAAGCAGAACCGCGACCUGAGCUGGCAGGUGGCCAUGCUGACCCGCGGCGGCGGCGGCGCCAGCGCGGCAGGAGGCCCCGGCGGCGGCGGCGGCGACGCGCGCGGCCCCGGCCGCCUGGGCAUCGGCGGCCCGCCCGGCUCGGUGGCGGUGCCCAUGCCAGCGCUGCAGCUGGAGGGCGGCGAGGCGCGGCCGCUGGCGGUGGCGGUGGGCUGGGUGCUGCGCCACCGCAAGCACCUGGUGGUCGGAUACCUCGUCGUGCUGCACGCGCUGACCUACGUCUGCGCCACCCUGCUGGCGCGCUGCCAGCACCCGGUCGCCGCCGCCGCCUCCUCCUCUUCCGCCGGCUGA